AAUCAGGAAGUAAGUUGGGAUUCAAAAAUAAGGAAAAAGGAACUUGGAUUUAAGACUUGCUGGAACUUGACCCCAAUAAACAUUGAAUUGUUUGCACCUUCAAACCUCGGGUAUUGUUACUCUCUGUUCAUGCCAGAAGGACCAGGGAAGUGGGAGAGAGAAGGAAUAAGCUCUCUUAUUUUCUUAAAGCUUAAACAUUUUCACUUUCAUUUUCACUCAUGCUUAAUUAUUUGUCACCUAGAGAGGAGUCACAUAACCCAAACGUUUCAAUGUUUCUCUCCUCGGCCCUGAGUUAGCAGCGGUCUGGUUCAUGGGGCGUAAUGGCACUUCUGAAGAAAUUUUGGCAGACUUGGCAAAAGGAAUUUGGCAUUGCAUCUGCUUCACUUUGCUCAUUAAUUUUGCUAGGGGUCGAAAAAAUAAUGGAACUUGAAUUUAAAUGUCCUCCAUCUCAUUACUGGAGAGUCCGUUACAGCCUCUGCUAUUUUCUUAUUCCAGCUAUGGUUUUCUUUCUUCUGAGCUUGGCUUUUCAGCCACAAUGUCCUAAUUCUGUCACGGGAUGCUGCAAUAUUCCCUGUCUUGCGAAGACUUUCGUGCCUUCUAUUAUAUGGACUGUCAUUCUUCUCCUGGAUGGAAGAUACGUGGCUUGUCUGUGUAAAGCAUCUGAAGAAAUCAUCACAGCAGACAAUAAGGAACAGCCCAGUGACAGUUACAUAAUAUCACAGAUUUCGGGUCUAGGCAUCACUCUCGGGAUUGUCGUCAUUGUAUUCAUAUACAAGAAGUGCUCAGAGUGCCGCGAAAGAGAGCGCAACCGUGAAAAUCGCCGCUCCCCAGAUCUUCAGGGCAUUGACCUCACACGGAGGAGUGUCAAUCAGUCCUCAUCGACAAACGAUCCCGACCCCACCCUCUAGGAGCAGCCUUUCCUUGGAUCGCCAGCCCCGCCGCCAAGCACGCAGGAAGCGGGCACCGAGCAAGUGUGAAAAUCUGGGAGAGGGGUGGGAGGCAACAGACGCCGAUGUGAGAAAAAGCCUCAACCAUCGGGACUGUCCCCAUAAAAUCAGGACAUCUGAUCACCCGAGCACCGAGUGGAAGGGGACCAAAUCAGGGCUUGGGGGGAAUCCAGCGGAGGGGGGCAUAACUGCUGGGGGGACUCUCAUGGGAAGACUGUGCCCCCUUGUCACGGAGUCCCCAGGUGCUAUUCGGGAACUGCUCCCCACGAAGCCAGGCAGGACUCUGGUGAAGUCUCCUCUCUGUGAGCAGCCUGUCUGCAGGACACACAGCUCCCCCGGCUCCACCUUCCUGGGUCUGACCUCGGAGCAUUCUGCAUCCUCUGCCCCUCCGUGCGCUUCCCACAGCGAGUCCACCCAGGCAGGGUCCUGGGGAAGCCAGAGGGUCCUGCCCCCCGACUCCGCAGUCAGACGGGACUCUCAGCCAGCCAGUAACACAGAAGGUUUAUUAGACGACAGGAACAUGGUCUAACACAGAGCUUGUAGGUGCAGAGAACAGGACCCCUCAGCUGGGUCCAUUUUGGGGGGCAGUGAGCCAGACAACCCCGUCUGCCCUUCACUCCAUGUCCCCAGCCAGCCCCAAACUGAAACUCCCUCCAGCCCCCCCUCCUCUGGGCUUUGUCCCUUUCCCAGGCCAGGAGGUCACCGGAUUCCUUUGUUCUCCAACCCUUUAGCUCUCACCUUGCAGGGGGGAGGGGCCCAGGCCAUCAGUGGCCAGGAAACAGGGUGUCGGCCCUUCUCUGUGUCCAGACCCCUGCACACACCUGCCCUCUAGGGCUGUGCAACGAUCAUACACCCUUACCCCACCCCCUAGAUACUUAAGAACUGCAUAGGGGAAACUGAGGCACCCCCACACUAUUGAGAGGAAACAUUAAGAACAGUCCCACUUCAUCACAUCUCUCCCCGGCAGCCAGGGCCAGCAAGGGAUGACAAAAAUAAGACCGCUUCGUUCAUGUGUGACCAAAGCAGGGUCGCCUUUUAAUUCUCGGCCCCGUCUUCCUUCCGCCAUGUAAGCUAGGCCUCUUAGGACAAGGGGCCCUGAGUCUCCACCUCUGUUGGAAACAAGGCACGUUACCAAGUCCUCCGCGGGUCUUGCUCCCCCUGAGUCAACAGGAAGUGGGCUGAUGCAGAAGCGGGCACCGGAAAUGCCGUGGCGGCCCGCGCCCAAGCUCAUUUCCUGAGCGAGGGCGAGGCGGAAAGAGAGCGAGAUCCGUGGAGGCAGAUAAUCCUGCCAGUUCAGCCCUGCUCCUCGGAGGUGGCCCCAGAGCGGCCCCCCGUGGCCGCCCCCGUGGUGCUCGGGGUCGCAGGCCGCCCCCUCGGAGUGCAGACCCCCGCGGGACCGCGAUGCGCUGGUCACCCCUGCUCUCUGUCAGAGGCCCGGUGCGGGGAGGCAGGCGGGAGCUGCGCCGGGGCCACUGUUGCAAGGCAGAUUUAGCCACAUCUAGACGCUUCCAGAUUUGGGUGGGGUCGUUUUGGGUCUGCUCCAGUAGGUUCCCUGCUGCUGGGGUCAGAGUCCAUGAGGGCGAGCGGCUGGGGCAGCUGCUUUUCAGGGGGCAGGGCCAUGCCUAGGGGGGCCCGGGUUAGAGGCGCCCAAUGUCUCCCCAUAGCUCCGCCCAGGCCACACCCCCGUGCCACCCCUUCCCCGCCCAGUUCCACCCCCUCGUUCCUCCCCCUUCCCCCCCCAGCGCCUCCAGACGCCGCAAAUCAGCUGGGUACCAAAGGCUCAAAAACUAGGAAAGAAAUAACAUUCCCCCCCCCCCCCUUGUAGCAUUUCUUUAAAUGCCUCCUCCACGCUACCCUCCAGAGUUGUGAGGUCGGACCCUUGGUCACUGAGUGCUAGGAGCUGUACUGUGGUUUAUAUCCACCCGCCCGGUCCCUGCUGCGGGAGACGUGUCUCUCCCCUCGGGCGGCCCAUCGCCAAGGCCAGAGGCUGUCGGACCGUGCCCCGGGCUGCAGCCGGGGAGAGGCAGGACGGCUGGAAGCCCACCUUGCCCAGUUCACUGGGGCGGCCUGGAGUCUCCGCCGCUGGGCCUCGGUCGCACCUCCCGUCUCCAUCCCGGCAGGCUCCGCAAACAGACUUGUUGGGGACACUGGGGCAUGGCCACUAGGUAACUGGAGGGGAUGGAAAACCACGAGAGUCGAUGAAGCCCCCUCGCACUAGGCCCAGGUGUCCUUGGCCCCCCGGCCUGGAGGCACACAGAGCAGUUAUGCUGAGGAUCUGCAACAAUAUGCUGCAGAGUCAGACAGCCUGAAAUGAACCAAGGCCGAACAGGGCAGAUAUGGAAGAACAAUGCUGAAUAAAGCAGCUUUAUGUAUGGUUUAACAAAUGAUACAGAGAACAAGGGAACUAGCUGGAAACUGGAUUGGCUGGCUAUAUGGAUACUUAGGGCAGCUUGCUAUUAAAUAAGUAUGCUGGAAAAAAGGAUGUAUAAAAGCUUGCGUAACUUCCUGCUCUGGUUGCAGGAUUUGAGAUUUUAUUCUCCCUGUACCUUUUUGCAGCUGCAAAUAAAUUUUUCUGCUUCUCCA